AUGCCUAAGGACGGGCUGCCAUCCAAACCUACAGCCAAGCGCAGAAAAGCUCCAACAACGAAGAGAAUUAAAAAGAAGACUGGCGCUACCCAUACACUCAAAUCACUGGUCAAAUUUGCUAAGCUGAUUAAUGAUAAAAGGACCAGGUUAGCCUUGAAUAUACCCACGCAGACGCAGACUAGGUCGGAAUUGAUAAUUAGCACGCUACGGUCGUUCCUCUAUCAAUGCUGCAAUCCUAGUGUAGUUAGAAUCUUUCAGCAAGCUACCAUCUUUCAAGAAGCUCCCGAAAGCCUCAUUCCGGAGGAACCGGUCAAAAUCCCUUUUCGCCUACUAGAUCUUCCAUUUGAGCUACGCCUGGAGAUAUACUAUUGCUGCCUUCCUCGAAAACAGCAAAUCCUUAUCCCGUCUAACAAUACUAGCGAACCCCUCUUCCUUGACCAAUAUCAGCAUCCGAUCAAAACCCCAUAUUAUAACACCAGUCUUCUCCGCGUGUCCAAACAAGUUAGCGAGGAAUGCCUGAACAUUCUUUACGGAGAAAACCAAUUCGAGGUAACCCUGGAAAAUAUAUACCACUAUAGACUGCAGAAUGUCAGGAGGAGAAUCGUAAACCCAUGCAUUAUUACCCGGAGAAUUUCAGCUGCAAACCGCAAACGAAUCCGCAACCUUCAGCUCGAGGUAAUUCCACAGCUUUUAGACGGGGGUUUCUCAUUCUGCAAGCGCUGGAGGUUGAUCCCUAGAAACUUAAACCGCUUGGUUAUCAUUUUUCGGGUAUGGGAGCCCAACAACUGCUGCUGUGACAAUGAUGUGAUUCAGGAUUGGGUCUGGGAGUUCAUCGAGUGUACUUGCAAGGUUUUAGCCCCUCGAGCCACUGUUAUUAUCGACGACGACGUCUUGGCUAAGUUUGUGCCGCUGAAGGAAUUGCGUAUAGAAAUCGUCAGGGUCAGCGACCGUCCGCGUGUUACUUUCAGGUUGCUCGACAUGGACGAGGACGCCUAG